AUGUCACCAAGCCGCGGACGCUCCAGCGCUCGCAAGACCUCUCGGCAUGUGCCUACAGGAUCAGAGGACACGCACCGACCUGUCCCUAGCCCUGAUCGAUGUCCCCUCGCUACAUCUCGACUUUCACGAGCGGAGCGCAACGAUGCAGGUCAUGUAGAAGCAGCCACCAGUCCAUCAAUCGAAGCGACACUUGCGGCUUCUACCCACGGAGCAGGACUUAGUCCGAGGAGUCCGCUUGCUCGCCUACGGCAUGAAGAAGAGCUCGAUUUGCACGGUUCGGUCGCAUCUUUGCCAUCUGCUAGCCCUGCCCCACUAGCGCCUCAAGAGACCUCUUCGGGACGACCGCGAGGCGCGAGUGUGAGCAGUUGGAGUAUUGCAAGCUUCGCCGCGCCCGAGAGGGAUCGUUCGCAAAGGAUGAAGUGCAUCGUCGAGGUGAGCUACCAAGUGUUCAUUGCCAGAUGCGCUGUGAAAGCGGCACGUGCUGACUUGAUCUCGCCUUUCACCUGCAAAUAGCGACUCGAAGCGGACGACGGCAUUGCCUGGCAAGCAUGGCUCGGCCUGGGCGCCUGA